AAAUUUUGGGGGUGUCUAUAUGCAAAAAAGAGCCAUGAGAUUUUCUUUGAUACUACUUCUAAUUUCCUUCUUAAGUUUGGAAACCAGUGCUGCAUACACAAAGCCACGUCAGAUUCUUUUGGAUACAGAUGUAGAUACCGAUGAUUUUUUUGCCAUUUUCUAUCUUCUAAAGCAGAAUAGAUCGGAGAUCAAUUUGAAGGCAAUAACUGUCAAUGCAAAUGCGUGGACUGAUGCUGGACAUGCUGUUAAUCAAGUAUAUGACAUCCUAUAUAUGAUGGAUCGUGAUGACAUAGCAGUUGGAGUUGGAGGUGAAGGUGGGAUAUUAUUUGAUGGAACCAUACUCCCAAAUGUUGGUGGAUAUGCUUCCAUAAUUGAACAGGGAAUAUCAACAGUUGCUGGUUGCCGAUACAGGCAGGCUAUCCCCCCAGGACUUGGAGGACGGUUAGAUAUUGACACCAACUAUGGCGUGCGAAAGAAUUUCCUUCCACAGGGAAGCAGACACUAUUCACCUAUGAGGCAACCAACCGCACAAGAAGUAAUGAUUGAUACAAUAUCUGCAGGUCCAACUACAGUGUUCAUUAUAGGAGCACAUACCAAUCUUGCUAUUCUCCUUAUGAGUCAUCCUCAUUUGAAGAGAAAUAUUGAACAUAUUUUUGUCAUGGGAGGCGGUAUUAGGUCAAAAAAUCCCACUGGCUGUUGUCCCAAAACAGCCAACUCCUCUUGUAUGCCUGCACAGUGUGGUGACCAUGGCAACUUGUUUACUGGAUAUACUAGCAACCCAUAUGCAGAGUUUAAUGUAUUUGGAGAUCCCUUUGCUGCAUACCAGGUUUUCCAUUCUGGGAUCCCUAUAACACUAGUCCCAUUAGAUGCAACAAAUACAAUUCCAAUCACUAAGGAAUUCUUCAUGAAUUAUGAAGAAUGGCAGAACACCUAUGAAGCACAAUACUGUUUCCAGUCCUUGAAAUUUGCCCGUGAUACUUGGUUCAAUGAUGCAUUUUUUACGAGCUAUUUUAUGUGGGAUUCAUUUACAUCAGGUGUAGCAGUGUCAAUCAUGCAAAAUGGGCACAUCAAUAGCGGGGAAAAUGAAUUUGCUGACAUGGAAUAUAGAAAUAUCACAAUUGUUACAUCAAAUAUACCCUAUGGAGUACAUGAUGGUUCCAAUCCUUUCUUUGAUAAUCGUGAUAUUCCAAAAUUCAAUUUGCAGAAAGAUGGGGUUCAUAGUGGUCAUGUUCAGAUGGGACUUCUAGAUCCAUUUUGCCUUGUAAAGAAUGGGAAAGGAAGCUGCAAGGACGCUUACACUGAGGAGGUCACUGGCCGUGAAGCAGUACUUGUACUUGUUGCAACAAAAGCAAAACCAAACAAAGAUAUCAAUAGUACAUUGAAUAGAGAAUUUUUCAAAAGCUUUUUGGAGGUCCUGAAUGCCCCUUUCCAAAGUGGGCGAUUUAACUUUACCACACAAUUUCCCUUUUACAAAAAUGUCUUGUACAAGCCAAAUUUGGGGGCACAUAAUUUGGGGAAGCCUGUUAUAUUGGACAUGGAUAUGAGUGCUGGGGAUAUUGUAGCUCUCAUAUAUCUUCUUAAAGUACCAGUGGAAAUUAUUGAACUUAAGGGAAUACUUGUGAGUGCAACUGGUUGGGCAAAUGCUGCAACAAUCGAUAUCAUCUAUGAUGUACUCCAUAUGAUGGGACGUGAUGACAUUCCAGUUGGUUUGGGGGAUUUCUUUGCACUUGGGCAAGCUAAUCCAUCUAUGUCAGCUGUUGGGGAAUGCAAAUAUAGCCAAGCAGUUCCAUAUGGAAGUGGGGGAUUUCUUGAUUCUGACACUCUAUUUGGACUUGCCCGUGAUUUGCCACGAAGUCCUCGAAGGUAUACAGCUGAGAACUCUGUGCUGUUCGGGGCACCAAGGAACACUGACCACCCUGAACUGAGGCAACCACGUGCAUCUGAAGUUUGGCAGUCUAUUAAAAAUAGUCUUGAUGGAGGAUCUAAAGUCACAGUGUUAGUGAAUGGACCUAUGACUAAUUUGGCUAACAUUUUUCGUUCCAAUAAAAAUGCAACGUCUGUAAUUGAGAAAAUAUACUUUGUCGGAGGGCAGAUAAUUGAGAGCGAUAAGGAACGGAGGGGGAACGUGUUCAGCAUUCCUUCAAAUGAGUACGCAGAGUUCAAUGUGUUUUUGGAUCCUAUGGCCACUAAGGAAGUUUUUGAAUCGAAACUUGAUAUCACCCUCGUAACUCUAGAUGUUCAAACCAAUGUUUCUUCCUUUUCGACAAUCCUUAAUAAAUUGGAGUUGGCCAAGAAGAAGACCCCCGAAGCCAUGUUUGUUCGCCGCUUGCUUUCGAGGCUUUACCAUUUACAACAAAAGCAUCGCCAUUACCAACACAUGGAUAUAUUCUUGGGAGAAAUCCUUGGAGCAGUGGCCUUGGUUGAUGAUCCACUCCUAAAAGCAACAACCCAAGUGAAAAAAAUAACAGUCAUGGCCUCUGGUGAUGUCUCAACUGAUGGGAAGAUGAACAUUGAUGGAGAAAAUGGAAGCUUGGUUAAUGUUUUGGAGAGCUUGGACCCAUCUGCAUAUUAUGAUCAUUUCACAAAUUUGAUGACUAUUCAAAAUCAGUCAGCUGUCAUAAGUAGCUUCUCAGAGCAAAAAAGACUAUGGAGUAGUUGAAAUUAUGACCCCAAGUAACAAGCCCUCUUGUUGACGGGGUCCUAUCAAAGUGAAGAGAGAAGGAAAAUCAGUUCUCUACAUAUCGCCAUGGCUCUCUUACUCAUUCUACACCAACCAUUGUUAUACUCACUAACUAAUUUUGCAUUUUGUUUGCUCUGACAUCAUAAGCUAGGCAUAGCAACAGGAAACUAGAAGGCCUAUGCAUACUUUUGCCUAACUUCUAUAUAACAAGAUAUCCAUAGUUGUAAGUUGGCAUAACACCCAGUUUUUUAUUUGGAAAUAUAUACAAAACCGUUUGCUUUUGAUACAAAGAGGUCACAAUCAUUGUUAGUCA